AUGGCGAUGGUGGAUUACCUCGUGAUGGGCUUCGGCCUCGCCGCGUGCGGCGGCUCGCUCUGCGGCGGCGUGCUGAUCGCCUUCGACUCGCACGCGCCCGAAAAACUCAAGGCGGAGGAUGCGGAACCUAUUCGCAAUGAUGAGUCGCUUAUGGACCCGCCCUGUCUACACCGCAUCUCGCGCCCGUCCCACGGCGCCGCGCAUUCCUCCAACGGCUCCGCGCAUUCAUCUGGCGGCGCCACGCGUCCGUCGCUCACUGGCUCCCGCCCGGCAAGCGCGCCGAUUCGAACCGACCGAUCUGAGGCGGAACCGACGGCGCGGAUGCCGCCCGCGAAUCACGGCGACGAGCGGAGAGAAACGCGUCAUGUGGUUUCAGCCGCCCACCGCCCGCACCCGACGCGGUCGCGCUCCUAUGUGUCGUCUCCCGCCGAGCUAGAAGACGCAGUUCCUCCGCUUGAUGCGCCACGAGAUGCGGAGCGGCGGAGGAGCUUUGACGGGUUGGAGUCGGAGAGGGCCGGUCUUAUGCGCGACGGUGACUAUAACGGAUGUUAUCCUCGCGGGGGACCGUUCGAAUCGCGCGAGGGAAAUUACGCUAAUUACCCAUACUUCCCCCCGCACGCCCCCCCGCGUUGUCCCCCCGCGUACCCCCCUUCCGCCUUCCCCAGCCGGCCCGCGGGCGCGCCCAUCUGCCCGCCCGCGCAGAGGCAGCAGGGGGGCGCGGGGGAGCAAGCGGCGCACAGGCAGCUGGAGCAGGGGCUGAGGACGCUGCCCAGACUCAAGGUGUGA